AUGAAAGAGGAGGAAGAGCCAAAAGAGAUGGAAAUAUCUGGUAAUGAAUUAGAUUCUCAUUUAGUAGAUAGUGAUAUAAAACAAUUUGUCGAGAGUCCUCUUCAGGAAAAUGUAAAUGGUAGCAGUAGUUUUGAGGUUGAACAUGUAGAUGAGAGGGUACACUUGCAAAAUCAAGAUGUUGAUUGUGCAACUACAGUUAUGGGCGAGGACCAGUUUGAGCAAGUAUCUUUAAACGAUCAAGACAAGAAUAAUGAGUCUGAGGGUUCAAACCAAUCACCAAGUUCUGAUAAAAUACAUCGCUCGUAUGAUGGAUAUGCAGAGGAUUCUCGAUACUCAUCUGGGUCAUGUUCAUUAGAAUAUGAUUCUUCCAAAGUUACUGACCUGCAUCUCGAUAAUCUUUCUUAUAGCCCCGGGUCAGAGGGGGGGAAUUUCGGUCAUACAAACAAGCAGUUUGCUCCAUCAAUUAGUUUUGAUUCUACUGGGUAUUCUUCUACUAUUACAUCUCCACCAAAUGCCAGGCAAAAACAUGCAAAGCCGAAUGUGUCUCCAGAGUUACUGCAUCUAGUUGAUUCUGCUAUUAUGGGGAAACCUGAAGGUAUUGACAAGCUAAAGAAUAUUGCUAGCGGUGUAGAAUUUUUUGAGAGCGGUGAAGAAAUGGACAGUGUACCUUUCUUAAUUGUAGAUUCACUUCUUGCAACAAUGGGCGGUGUUGAAAGCUUUGAGGAGGAUGAGGAUAAUAAUCCUCCUAGUGUAAUGCUGAACUCCCGGGCUGCCAUUGUCUCAGGCGAACUUAUUCCUUGGCUUCCUUACAUAGGUGAUACUGAUGAUGUCAUGUCACCAAGAACAAGGAUGGUUAGGGGACUACUUGCCAUAAUAAGAGCUUGCACUAGAAAUAGAGCAAUGUGCUCAUCGGCUGGUCUUUUAGGAGUAUUGUUGAGAACAGCUGAAAAGAUUUUUACAGUGGAUGUUGGCUUAAAUGGACAAAUGAGGUGGGAUGGAACUCCUCUGUGCCAAUGUAUACAGCACUUAGCAGGCCAUACUCUUAGUGUUAGUGAUCUCUACAGAUGGUUUCAAGUCAUUACUAAAACACUCACUACAAUUUGGGCUCCACGAUUAACACUAGCAUUGGAGAAAGCAAUAAGUGGAAAGGAGUCAAAAGGACCAGCUUGCACCUUUGAGUUUGAUGGUGAAAGUUCUGGUUUGCUUGGUCCAGGUGAGAGCCGUUGGCCGUUCGUCAACGGAUAUGCUUUUGCUACAUGGAUCUACAUUGAAUCAUUUGCGGACACAUUGAAUACAGCCACAGUUGCUGCUGCGAUUGCUGCAGCUGCAUCGGCUAAGUCAGGUAAAUCAUCAGCCAUGUCAGCUGCUGCUGCAGCUAGUGCGCUUGCUGGUGAAGGUACAGUGCACAUGCCCCGGCUAUUCAGUUUUUUAUCCAAUGAUAAUCAGGGUUUAGAGGCUUAUUUUCAUGCUCAAUUUUUGGUUGUUGAAACUGCUAGUGGAAAGGGAAAAAAGUCAUCCUUGCAUUUUACCUAUCCCUUCAAACCACAAUGCUGGUACUUCAUUGGUCUUGAGCAUAUAGGCAAGCAUGGAAUUCUCGGAAAUGCAGAAAGUGAAGUCAGGUUAUAUGUAGAUGGUUCUUUAUAUGAAAGUCGUCCUUUUGAGUUCCCUCGAAUAUCCAAACCCCUGGCAUUUUGCUGCAUAGGAACUAACCCUCCUCCUACUAUGGCUGGUUUGCAACGCCGUCGUCGUCAAUGUCCUUUGUUUGCUGAGAUGGGCCCUGUUUAUAUCUUCAAAGAACCAAUUGGCUCGGAAAGAAUGGCAGGGCUGGCUUCUAGAGGGGGGGAUAUAUUACCUUCUUUUGGUAAUGCAGCUGGGCUACCAUGGCUAGCAACAAAUCCCUAUGUACAGAACAAGGCAGAGGAGAGUGUGCUUCUAGAUGCAGAAAUUGGAGGUUGCAUCCAUCUGCUCUAUCAUCCUAGUCUGCUGAAUGGUCGUUUCUGUCCAGAUGCUUCACCUUCUGGUGCUUCAGGAAUGCUUCGACGUCCAGCUGAGGUUCUUGGGCAAGUCCAUGUUGCUACACGGAUGCGACCUGGGGAUGCUUUAUGGGCAUUGGCUUAUGGCGGUCCCUUGUCUUUGCUUCCUGUGACUAUAAGCAAUAUAGACGAGGAAACUCUGGAACCACUGCAAGGGACUUUUCCUCUUUCUUCAGCCACCACAUCUCUUGCUGCCCCAAUAUUUAGAAUUAUAUCCAUGGCUAUUCAACACCCAAGGAACAAUGAAGAGUUGUCUCGUGGUAGAGGACCCGAGGUUCUGUCAAAAAUUUUAAAUCAUCUUCUCCAAACUCUAUCUUCACUUCAUGUUGGAAAGCAUGAUGGUGUAAGAGAUGAGGAACUUGUUGCUGCUGUUGUUUCUGUUUGUCAAUCUCAGAAGAUUAACCAUACACUUAAAGUGCAGCUCUUCGCCACACUGGUAUUAGAUUUAAAAAUUUGGAGUUUGUGUAGUUAUGGCAUACAAAAGAAGCUUCUAUCAUCACUUGCAGACAUGGUUUUCACAGAGUCAACCGUAAUGCGUGACGCCAAUGCCAUUCAAAUGCUUCUCGAUGGCUGCAGAAGAUGUUAUUGGAUUGUUCAUGAAAUUGAUUCAGUGAAUUCUUUUUCUCUAGCUGGGGCAACACGUCCUGUGGGUGAAAUUAAUGCGCUGGUUGACGAGCUCUUAGUGGUAGUUGAACUUUUAAUAGUGGCAGCUCCUCCUUCUUUGGUCUCAGCUGAUGUCCGAUGUUUACUUGGAUUCAUGGUUGACUGCCCACAACCCAAUCAGGUUGCUAGGGUGUUGCAUCUCUUCUAUAGGUUGGUUGUCCAGCCUAAUGCAUCUAGGGCUAACACAUUUGCAGAAGAAUUUCUAGCAGGUGGUGGGAUAGAAACUCUUCUUGUUCUCCUCCAGAAGGAAGCUAAAGCUGGUGAUUAUGAUGCAAUAGAAUCUUUCUCAAAGAAUCCCGAACUUGGAAAAGCAGAAUUUGAUCAUAGUAAUGAAAACACUGAAAGAAGUCAGGAUGAUGAAGGUUCAGAGGAUAAAAGUGAAGCCAGCAUACUAGACAACGAUAAACACUCUCAAUCUGUUUAUAGUUGUAAUAGUCCUGAUCCUAGUUCUCCAGAUAUUAACAGCGACAGGAUGACAUUUACCUCUGAAAUUCCUUCUAUCAAGAAUCUCGGAGGCAUAAGUCUAUCUAUUAGUGCUGACAAUGCUAGGAAAAAUGUCUACAAUAUUGAUAAAAGUGAUGGCAUUGUUGUUGGGAUCAUAGGUCUCUUAGGUGCUUUAGUAGCUUCAGGACAACUGAGAUUUGUUUCACGUGCUGGUCCUGAUACAACAAGCAACCUUUAUGGUGUUGGACUCCAUGACAGGGGUGGAACUAUGUUUGAAGACAAAGUUUCUAUUCUACAUUAUGCUUUACAAAAGGCUUUUCAAGCAGCACCUAACAGGCUAAUGACUAACAAUGUUUACACAGCUUUGCUGGCUGCCUCGAUCAAUGCUUCUUCUUCAGAGGAUGGACUAAAUUUCUAUGAUUCUGGUCAUCGCUUUGAGCAUUCAGAACUUUUAUUGGUGCUGUUGCGUUCCCUACCAUUUGCACCCAGGUCACUGCAGAGCAGGGCAUUGCAGGAUCUUCUAUUUUUGGCUUGCAGUCAUCCUGAAAAUAGGAACAGUAUGAUAAAUAUGGAGGAAUGGCCUGAAUGGAUUUUGGAAAUCCUGAUCUCAAACUAUGAGCUGGGUCCAAGCAAAUUGUCUGAUUCAACAAGUGCUGGAGAUGUAGAAGACUUGAUUCAUAACUUCCUAAUUAUCAUGCUAGAGCACUCAAUGCGCCAAAAGGAUGGAUGGAAGGAUAUCGAAGCAACAAUUCAUUGUGCGGAAUGGCUUUCUAUUGUAGGUGGAUCUAGCACAGGAGAUCAGCGAGUAAGACGUGAAGAAUCAUUGCCUACAUUUAAAAGAAGACUCUUAGAUGGCUUGUUGGACUUUGCUGCUAGAGAAUUGCAGGUUCAGACUCAAAUUAUUGCUGCAGCUGCGGCUGGUGUUGCAGCUGAGGGCUUGUCCCCAACAGAUGCUAAGGCCGAAGCUGAUAAUGCUGCCCAGUUGUCAGUGGCCUUAGUAGAGAAUGCCAUUGUGAUACUUAUGCUUGUUGAAGACCAUUUGCGGUUGCAGAGCAAACAAUCUUCUUCACGUAAUGCAGAUAUAUCUCCAUCUCCCCUUUCUAAUUUGUAUCCAAUAAGUGAUCACAGAAGUUCAUUGUCAACAAUAGACGAGUCAACUGAAGUCACAGACAACCAAAGAUCAUUAUCCAGUGGAUCAGGGGCAAUCCCUCUAGAUGCCCUUUCUUCAAUGGCUGAUGGAAGCGGUCAGAUCCCUACAUCAUUGAUGGAAAAGAUUACGGCUGCCGCAGCAGCUGAGCCUUAUGAAUCUGUAUCUUGUGCUUUUGUGUCACACGGGUCCUGUGCAAAGGAUUUAGCUGAUGGCUGGAAAUAUCGGAGCCGUUUAUGGUAUGGUGUUGGCCUUCCACAGAAUCCAGCUGCAUUUGGUGGUGGAGGCAGUGGAUGGGAUUUUUGGAAGUCAGCUUUGGAGAAAGAUGCCAAUGGAAACUGGAUUGAACUUCCUUUAGUGAGGAAGUCUGUGGCAAUGCUCCAAGCAUUAUUGCUAGAUGAGUCUGGACUCGGUGGUGGUCUUGGUAUAGGGGGAGGAUCAGGUACCGGAAUGGGAGCGAUGGCUGCACUGUACCAGCUAUUAGACAGUGACCAACCGUUCUUAUGCAUGCUUAGAAUGGUUCUUCUAUCGAUGAGGGAAGAUGAUGAUGGUGAAGAUUAUAUGCUGAUGAGAAAUACAAGUAUUGAGGAUGCAGCUCCUGAAGGAAGAAAACCACGAGCACUUUUAUGGAGUGUUCUCUCACCUGUUCUCAACAUGCCAAUUUCUGAUUCAAAGAGGCAAAGAGUCUUGGUUGCAUCUUGUGUGCUAUAUGCCGAGGUUUACCAUGCUGUUAGCAGAGAUCAAAAGCCUCUUCGCAAACAGUACCUUGAGGCUAUAUUACCACCAUUUGUUGCUGUCUUAAGGAGGUGGCGCCCCCUUUUGGCUAACAUUCAUGAGCUUGCUACUGCUGAUGGUUUGAAUCCACUUGUCGCUGAUGACCGUGCAUUAGCUGCCGAUUCCCUGCCGAUUGAGGCUGCUCUCGCAAUGAUAUCUCCUGCCUGGGCUGCUGCUUUUGCAUCUCCACCUGCCGCAAUGGCAUUGGCUAUGAUUGCAGCUGGUGCGUCAGGUGGCGAAAGCCAAGCUCCUGCAACACCUACCCAUCUUAGGCGUGACACCUCACUGCUUGAACGCAAACAGACUAGGCUUCAGACGUUUUCAAGCUUUCAAAGUCCUUUGGAGGUCUCUAACAAAACACCACCUCUUCCCAAGGAUAAAGCAGCUGCAAAAGCUGCUGCUUUGGCAGCUGCUCGUGAUCUUCAGCGAUUUGCAAAAAUUGGCUCUGGAAGAGGUCUUAGUGCUGUUGCAAUGGCUACAUCUGCAAAACGAAGGAGUGCUAGUGACAUGGAGCGGGUCAAGAGGUGGAAUAUUUCUGAAGCAAUGGGAGUUGCCUGGAUGGAAUGUUUGCAGCCAGUUGAUACAAAGUCGGUGUAUGGGAAAGAUUUUAAUGCUUUUUCAUACAAAUAUAUUGCUGUUCUUGUAGCCAGUUUUGCACUAGCAAGAAAUAUGCAACGGUCUGAGGUUGACAGGCGCGCUUAUGUGGAUAUAGUUACUCGACAUCGAAUCAGGACUGGAGUCCAUGCAUGGCAUAAACUUAUUCACCAAUUAAUAGAGAUGAGAAGUCUUUUUGGGCCGUUUGCAGAUAAUUUAUACAGCCCGCCUCGUGUUUUUUGGAAACUAGAUUUAAUGGAAAGUUCUUCCAGGAUGAGAAGAUGUUUGAGGAGAAAUUACCGAGGAUCUGAUCAUUUAGGUUCUGCGGCUGAUUAUGAGGAAUACUCGGGAGAGAAAAAUGACCAGGGCACUCCAGUUUUGUCUGCCGAAGCAAUCUCAUUGGAAGCAGUCAAUGAAGAUGAAGAACAGGUGGAUGCUGAGAAUUUGGUUGCUAGGGCCGAUGAUAUUCAAAAUAAAGGAGACAAUCAGCUCAGACUUUCUGAAUCAGCAGAGCAAUCUGUCCGGGCAUCUUUGGAAUCCAGUGGUUCUCAACUUGCAACUGAUGAAGACGAUCAGAGUUCUUCAGCCAUUGCACCUGGGUAUGUUCCUAGCGAACUUGAUGAAAGAAUUGUUCUCGAGCUACCAACUUCUAUGGUCCGACCACUUAAAGUCAUUCGGGGAAUCUUCCAAGUAAGUUUUAUGGGCCGAACUUAG